ACAGUCUCGUCCCAGUGUCAUUCACAAAAUCCAGUCCCCGUGUUUAAAGUCCGGUUUGUGUGGUGGUGCGGCCUUUGAGUUUCUUAAGUUCUCCUUUCUGCUGAUAAAACUAAAGGAUUAAAAGAUUACUGGUCUGAUGUCAUGGCUGAAGCAGGGAGCCCGCAUGAACAAUGGGAGGAAGGGUUUGAGGAUGAAUUUGGAGAAAUCAUUAAGAGUCGAUCAGAUGAAAGAGAAGACAUUCAAAAGAAAACCUUCACAAAAUGGGUAAACUCACAGUUUGCUAAGGCAAGAAGACCUCCUAUUGAAGACCUCUUUACCGAUUUCUGCGAUGGCCGACGACUUCUUGAACUGUUAGAGACCUUGGUUGGCACCGAACUAGUUAAAGAACGUGGCUUCACUCGAGUGCACUCCCUUAACAAUGUUAACAGGGCCCUGCAGAUCCUUCAGAAGAACAAUGUUGAGUUGGUUAACAUUGGUGGCGCUGAUAUUGUAGAUGGGAAUCAUAAACUGAUCCUGGGUCUCAUCUGGAGCAUCAUUGUCCACUGGCAGGUUAAGGAUGUGAUGAAAGAUGUCAUGGCAGAUCUACAGCAGACAAACAGUGAGAAGAUUUUGUUGAGCUGGGUCAGGCAGUCCACGAAAAACUACAAGGACGUCAAUGUGGUCAACUUCUCCAAUAGCUGGGCAGACGGUGUCGCCUUCAAUGCUCUCAUUCACAGCCACAGGCCCGAUCUUUUUAACUGGAGUUUGGUGGAGCAACAGGACAGUGCCAUCGAGAGACUGGAUCAUGCCUUUAAAAUCGCAGAGAAGAGUUUAGGCAUUGACCGACUGCUGGACCCUGAGGAUGUCGCCACAACCGCUCCAGAUAAGAAGUCCAUCAUUAUGUACGUCACUUCCCUGUUCCAAGUGCUUCCCCAUGGAGUGAGUUUGGAGGCCGUCCAGGAGGUCGAGACCCUCCCUCGAGCUACAGUAACUAAAGAGGAACAUAUCCUCUACCAAACCCAACAGCGUUAUUCCCAGCAGAUCACAGUCAGCGUGGCACAGAGUCGUCUUCGAAGCCCCUCUCCCUCCUCUAAGCCUCGGUUCAAAAGCUAUGCCUACACUCAAGCUGCCUACGUCAGGACCCCUGAACAGCAGAGGAAGUUUCUCACCACUCAGCUCGAUGAACUGCGACCAUCCCAGAGUCCUCUGCCUCAGGGAUUAAAUGAACUGGAAAGCUACCAGAGCGCCCUGGAGGAGGUGUUGACCUGGCUGCUGUCUGCUGAGGAAGGCUUGCAGGCACAGCCGCCCAUCUCUUCUUUUGUCGAAGAAGUCAAAGAGCAGUUUCACACCCAUGAGGGUUACAUGGUAGAGUUAACAUCUCAUCAGGGAAGUGUGGGCCGGGUCCUUAAAGCAGGAAGUGUACUACUGUCUGGCGGGCAGCUGACCGAUGAUGAAGAGAAGGAAGUGCGGGAACAGAUGAAUCUGCUCAACUCGCGCUGGGAACAUUUGCGUGUGUCCAGUAUGGAACGACAAAGCAGACUUCAUGAAGUUUUGAUGGACCUGCAGAACCAGCAGUUGAAGCAGCUGUCCGAUUGGCUGGACAUGACCGAAGCUCGAAUCAAAAGAAUGGGUGCACAGCCACUCGGUCCUGAACUUGAUGAUAUCAAACGUCAAAUUGAGGAGCAAAAACUCUUGCAGGAAGAUCUGGAGCUGGAGCAGGUGCGGGUGAACUCUCUUACUCAUAUGGUGGUGGUAGUUGAUGAGAACAGCGGUGACAACGCCACAGCAGCCUUGGAGGACAAACUACAGAAUUUAGGGGAACGAUGGGCAGCCAUCUGUAAAUGGACCGAAGACCGCUGGCUCCUUCUCCAGAAGAUCCUGCUGUGCUGGCAGCAUUUCUCAGAGGAACAGCUGCUGUUUGAUUCUUGGCUGACUCAGAAGGAAGAGUUAGUUCAAUCCAUCCAACGCAGCGGCACAAAUGACCCAAACGAAGUGUCCGUCAAUCUCAGGAAGCUCGCUAUUUUAAAGGCAGACCUGGAGUUAAAGAGAACGACCAUGGACAAGCUUUGCGCCCUUGUUCAAGAUCUGCUCACUAAUAUUAAGAACAAAGACGCUGCUGGGAAACUCGAGGCGAAGCUUGAAAGAUUCGCUCAGCGCUGGGACAAAUUGGUGCAGUCACUUCAGCUCACCAACACUAAGUUUUCAACCAUUGUCACUACAUCCCAGUCGGAGCUCACACAGACAACCAUGGCAACUGUCACCAAGGUGACCACGAACCAGAAAAAGAUGGUGAAGCAUACUAAAGAGGGUAUGUCAACUCCCCCACCGCAGAAGAAGCGACAGAUUGUUGUGGAUUCAGAGCUGCGAAAAAGAUUUGAUGUGGACUUCACUGAAAUUCACAGUUUUAUCACUCGGUCGGAUGCUGUUUUGCAAAAUCCAGAGUUCUCAGUUUCCCGUAAAGAGGGCAGCGUGGCCGAUCUCUAUGAGAAAGUACUGGCUAUCGACAGGGAAAAACCGGAGAAGUUUAGGAAGUUGCAGGAAGCCACACGUUCAGCUCAGGCUUUGGUGGAUCAGCUCACCAGCGAUGGCCAGAACGCAGAAGACAUCCAGCAAGCGGCUCACCAGCUACGCACCCGUUGGGACGACUUCUGCACUCUUCUCUCCGAAAGGCUGGCGUGGUUGGCCCACCAGACCAAAGUCCUGGCCUUCUACAAUCUCUUCCAACAACUGGAACAGGCCGUGGCCACCGCCGAAAACUGGCUGAAGGUGCAGUCGCCGCCCGCAUCCGAGCCGGAGCCACUGAGGAUACAGCUCGAUCGUUGCAGGGAUGAGAUCGCUCGUCUGUCUGCUCUUCAACCACAAGUGGAGAAACUACACGAACAACUCCAGGACCUGAGAGAGAAAGAGGAGACGCCGGUCCUCUUUGAUGCGGACAUCUCCGCCUUCCAAGAGCACUACCAUCAUGUCCUCGAGGACCUGAGGGCGCGGGAAAGACAGCUUGUUCUGGUUCAAUCCAGUCUUCCUCCUGCACGUUAUAAAGAUGUGAUGGCAGCUCUGUUGGCCUGGCUUCAGCAGUGCGAGAAUAAACUUGCCAUCCCCUCCACCGCUGUGACCGAGUAUCCAGUUAUGGAGCAGAGACAAAAAGACAUUAAGGCGAUUCAAGCAUCACAGAAGGACCAUCAAAGUGAAGUUGACGAUCUCAAUAAGAUGGCUGAUCAGGUUUUACAGAAAGCACCACCUGAGAUCUGUCAGAGGUACCGGACCGACCUGGACAACGUGAUGGUGCGCUGGAGACGCGUGUCCGAGCAACUGGAGGAGAACGUACAGAAACUGCAGGAUCACAUGACCAAAUUACAGCAAUUUCAGAAUGACACCAAGACUCUACAGAAGUGGAUGGCAGAAGUCGAUGUUUUCCUGAAUGAGGAAUGGCCGGCUCUUGGAGACGCAGAGGCUUUGGAGAAACAGUUGGAACAGUGCACGGCUCUGGUGAAGGACAUCAAUACCGUCCAACCGAGUCUGAAUGGAAUUAAUGAGGUGGGAAUGGCUUUGAAGAGGGAAGCCGAACCUCCGUUUGCCAUCAAAAUACAGAAGAUGCUCGAUGAACUCAACGCUCAGUGGGAACUCAUUUGCAAACAGGCCUAUGCAAAGAAAUCUGCCCUGAAAGGAGGACUGGACAUGACGGUGAGUCUGAGGAAAGAGAUGCAGGAGAUGCAGGAGUGGAUCACUCAGGCUGAAGAAGAGUACCUGGAACGAGACUUCCAGUACAAAACACCCGAGGAGCUUCACAAGGCUGUGGAGGAGCUAAAGAGAGCUCAAGAGGAAGUCCAUCAAAAAGAAACAAAGGUGAAGCUACUGACGGAUAAAGUCACCAAUUUCGUUUCAAAGGCCCCUCCUGCGGCCCACGAUGCCCUGAAGGCAGAACUGGAUGUUUUAACGUCUAACUACCAGCGACUCUGCAGUCGGCUUGAUGGCAAAUGCAAGACUUUAGAGGAAGUGUGGGCCUGCUGGUGUGAACUCCUCUCAUAUUUAGAGUUGGAGAACGCCUGGAUGGACCUACUGGAGAAAAGACUUGAUGAAACGGAAAACAUUCAAGGAGGUGUAAAGGAAUUCGAAGAAGCUUUGGCUUCCAUAGACACCAUGAUAAAGGAACAUCCCGAAUACAAUCGCAACCAGAUCCGCGAAUUAGCCCAGACCCUCAUGGACGGCAGGGUUCUCGAUGAGCUCAUACACAAAAAAGUGGAAGAUUACAACACGCGCUGGGACGAGCUAAUGCAAAGGGUUUUACAGAGACGACAGCAUCUGGAAAAGAACUUGCAGUGGGCUCAGGAGAACGACAGGUCGCUGCAGCUCAUUCAGGACUCUUUAAAUACCACUGACAGACAUUUAACUGCUUACCUAGCAGAUGGAAUAGACGCCGCACAGAUUCCUCAGGAGGCCCAGCAAAUCCAGUCUGAGUUGAAUGAUCAUGAGACGACACUAGACGAUAUGAGGAAAAAAGCAGUACAGCUUGACUCGCCCGAUAAAGUGAUGGGAAACAUUGACGCUACAAUUGAUAAACUAAUGCAAGUGAAAGCCAAGUUCCGGCUUUUCCAAAAGCCAGCCAACUUUGAUCAGAGGUUGAGGGAAUGUGAACGUGUGCUGGAGGAGGUUAAAGGAAAGCUGGGGGUGCUGAGUGUUCGGAGUGUGGAACAGGAAGUGGUACAGUCACAGUUGGAGCAAUGUAUGAAGUUGUAUAAGAAUCUAAGUGAAGUGAAAUCAGAGGUGGAGACAGUGAUAAAGACAGGGAGACAGAUUGUGCAGAGACAACAGACAGAGCAACCCAAGGAACUGGAUGACAGAUUGACGGCUCUUAAAUUUGCAUACAAUGACUUGGGAUCGCAGGUGACAGAAGGAAAACAGGAACUGGAGAAGAUUUUGAAGUUACUUAGGAAGUUUAGGAAGGAGGUAAACAGUCUGACAGAGUGGCUGGCGUCUACUGAUGGGGAGCUGACGCGCCGGUCUUCCAUUGAAGGGAUGCCGAGUGACUUGGAGGCAGAGUUGACAUGGGCCAAGGGAACGCAGGAAGACACCGAGCAACACAAACCACAGCUGAAGCUGGUCCGGGAGCUGGCCGAGACCCUGAAGGGUUUACUCCACACCCAGGAGAACCUGAUUGAUGACAAGGUCAGUCUGCUGAACUGCAACUGGAUCGCAGUGACGUCAAGAUGCGAGCAAUGGCUAAUACUGCUGCUGGAUUACCAAAGUCAAAUAAAAACAUUUGAGGAGAGUGUCGCUGAGAUCAACGGCUGGAUGGAUCGGACUGAAGAAACUCUGGAUAAUAUGGAAAGCCAGGGCUGCGUCGAGCAUGUUAUUAAGGGUUUGCAGAAAGAGCUGGAGGAGAUGAAAGGAAAGGUUGAUGGCGUGCAGGGUCUGGCCGAGGAACUAAUAAAGAACAGAGGACAACACUGUAGAGCUCAGGUGAAACCCAAGCUAGAACAAAUGAACCAGCGUUUUGACAUCAUCACAAGAAGGAUUUUAACAGGAAAGGCCUCUAACCAAGAGUUAGAUGAGUAUCACAGACAGGCCAAUAUUUGGCUCCAGGUGCUGGACGAGGAGAUUAAAUUGGGUGAAAAUCUAAAAGAAGAAGAUUUCCUGGAGGACGCGGCGGGCAUAGAUGAGAGUGCACUGAAUGAAUUGUUUGUGAAAGGUGAAAAUCUUCUAAAGAGAAUUCCUAGCGGAGAGAAGAAAGAGGGCGUCCGUGAGAAACACAACCUUCUUCAUGACAAAUAUGACACUUUAAAGAACUUGAGAGCCCAAAGGAGAAAAAAGGCCCUGCUUCUUACUCAGCAGUGGUACCAGUUCUGUAAGAAGACGGAUGACAUGACUCAUUGGCUGGAUAAAAUUGAGAAGACCCUAGACGAGCUUCCAGAUCCCCCAGAGGAACCGAAAGUGAAAGUGAUCAGUACCGAGAUUGAACAGCAUCGUCCAAAGCUGGAGGACUUGCGUGGACUGGGCCAUGUGCUUUCAGAGGGUGGAGCUUCCAAGCUUGUGGAGCCACGCCUACUUCCUGUCAAUAAACGCUGGGCGGAGCUUGACGUGAACUUCGCUCAAGUGCACCACAGAAGUGAACUGGAGGCUUUACUGCAUCGUAUCGCUGAAAACGAGGCUUUACUGAAAUCUCCUGAGCGCUGGUCUGCAGCAUUCAUCAAUGUACCCCAACAAGAGAAGUGCCUUAAGGAGGUUAAAGCAAAUCUAGAGAGACUGGAGCCUCCAGUGGUAAACGCUCUGAGCAGGAGCACCACCGAUCCUGUGGAGAGUCUGCAGGUCCAGCUGCUCAAAACCAACUGGGAGAACCUCAAAAAGCUUUAUCAGGACAGACUCAUGCGUUAUGAAAAAUGCAAGAAAUUCAGCGAAGAGCUCAAAGCGACUGAUGAUUGGCUGACUGAUGCCGAGCGGACGGUCGUGAAGUAUGAACAAGACCCUAUAAAUAACAGAGAUCACCUCAAGGAGCUGCAGGAUGGUUUGGAGAAGCAAGAAGCUUCAAUUAAAGGCCUGAAUACUCUAGGGACAGACUUGAGUCCACAAUGCAGCAGGGAUGACAGAGAUCACAUUAAACAUCAACUCGCCUCCAUCAAUUCCCGCUGGGCCAAAGUGUCCAACCAGCUCACAGAGAUUAAGAGACGGUCCGCAGGGGCGAAGCUCAUUCUCGCGGAGCUAAAUGAAGACAUGGGGGACUUUCAAUCUUGGCUGGAUGAGGCAGAAACUGUGUUGGCGCUUCCCGUGGAACCAGGUCACAAGCAACAGCUCAAUUCAACCCUGGAGAAAGUGAAGGCCCGGGUGGUGGAACUCCCGAGCAGAAAUCAAAUGCUUCAUCAGAUCACCAACAAAUGCUCAUCUGUGCCCAGUGAUAAAGUCAAACCGAUGGAGAAACAUCUUAAGGUUAUCAACAUGCGAUGGGCCAAGGUCUCCAAUGAUCUCCCCGAGAAGCAACGCCAAAUCGAGGAUCUUCUCAGGGAUUUGUCUUUGUAUCAGGACCAGCUUUCCAAACUUUCCAUCUGGGCCUCGGCUACGAGGAAUCAGCUUGAGAAGUCCCCAAGUGCAGUGGAUCCCAAGAUUGAAGAGGAUGUCAAAGAAAAGAAGCCCGCAGUUGAAAGAGUUCUGUCCAGGGAGAGGCCACCAUCCCAACCGGAGAAGGGACAGUUUGAUGGUCUCAGUGCAGAUUGGACAUCCAUUCAGGUUCUCCUUAAGGAUUGGAAAGACAAAUGUCAACUUGCAACCACUACUUUGACCGGCAGCGCGGCUGGAGAUGCGGCCCUUGACAAAUUUAACAAAUCCUGGGCGGACCUCAAUGAUUGGCUUUCUCUCUUGGAUCACAUGGUGCAGACCCAAAGAGUGACGGUCGGAGAUCUCGAUGAGAUUAAUGAGAUGACAGUAAAACUCAAGUCAUCCCUGCAAGACAUGGAGCAAAGAUGCCCACAGCUGAGCAAACAAAUCACUGCAGCCCAGAACCUGAAGAACAAAACCAAUAACCCUGAGGCACGGGCAGCCAUUACAGAUCGGAUUGAAAAAUUGCAGGCACAUUGGGAAGAUUCCCACACCAAGCUGACAAACAGGGUCCUUCAACUUCAGAGCAUGUAUAAGGACUCCAGUGAUUGGCUGGAGGCCAGAAAAAGGGUGGAGCCUCUCAUUAAGAAAGCCAAUGAAAGACUGGAUGGCUGGAAGAAACCUUCUCACGGUGCUGGCGAUUUAAAAAGUCAAAAUGCUGAUGUCAAGCAACUUUCUAAGGACAUACAGCAAUGGCAAGCCCAGAUAAAUGUCACCAAUGAGCUGGCAAAUAAACUGCUCACUCUGUAUGUAGACGAUGACACCAGCAAAGUUAAACAAAUGACCGAUAGCAUGAAUCUGGCCUGGGCCAACAUUAAAAAGCGUACAGGGGAUAAGGAGGCAGAUUUGGAAGCUGGACUUCGGCAGCUGCAGCUUUAUUACUUGGAUCUGGAGAAAUUCCUUAAUUGGCUCACUGAAGCAGAAACCACAGCCAAUGUCUUACAGGACACCACAUUUAGGGAAGGACUGCUGGAACAUCCAGCCACGGUGCAGCACUUACUGGAUGAAUGGCAGGAUCUCCAAGCGGAGAUCGAUGGCCACCGGGAGAUGUAUCAUUCAUUAGAUGAAAACGGACACCGUAUUGUGUCAUCUCUGGAGGGGACGGAUAAUGCCGUGGUGCUGCAGAAACGUCUUGAUGACAUGGGACAGCGUUGGCAUGAGUUGUGUAACAAAGUUAUGAGUAUAAGGCCCUAUCUGGAUGCAGGUGUGGAUCAGUGGAAACACUUGCAUAUGUCCUUGCAAGAGCUGCUCAACUGGCUACAGCUUAAGAGGGAGGAGCUCGAACAUCAGAAGCCAGUAGGGGGCGACGUCCCGACCGUGCACCAACAACUCCUCACGCACAAGGGCUUCAGACGAGAGCUGGCUGCCAAAGAACCUGUGAUCAAUGGAACGCUUGACAACGUGAAAACCUUCCUUUCUGAGAUGCCUCGUGAGGGGUUGAAACAGAGGCCUGGUCAAAAGGAUGUAAGUCCAGAGAGCAUUCAAAAUGUGGGCCGCAUACUGCGUAAGGAGGUGGACGACGUAACCGUGCGAUGGAAGAAUUUGGGUACGGCUGCCGUCGACUGGCAGAGGGAGCUGGAACUGGCCUUGCAGAGACUGAUGGAGCUCCAGGACGCCCAGGAUCAACUGGAUGCAAAGCUUCGCCAGGCUGAAUCCAUGAAGAAUUCUUGGAAGCCAGUUGGGGAUGUGAUCGUAGAUGAUCUUCAAAACCUCAUAGAUAGAAUAAAGGUGUUCCAAGUGGAGAUAGCGCCUAUCCAGGAAAAUGUAAAUCAGGUCAACCAACUGGCCUCCACAUUUGGACCUCCAGACAUUCAGCUAUCUCCAGACAACCUAAGCAGAAACAAUGACCUAAACAUGAGAUGGAGGCUUCUUCAGAUCUCAAUUGAAGAACGUCUGACCCAGCUGACCACAGCCUAUAAGGACUUAGGCCCCCAGUCUCAAACUUUCUUAGAUGCAUCUGUUGCAAGUCCUCUGGAACGCUCGAUUUCACCCAACAAUGUCCCGUACUACAUCAACCAUCAGACCCAAACAACAUGUUGGGACCACCCAAAGAUGGCCGAGCUCUACCUGUCUUUAGCGGAUCUGAACAAUGUACGGUUCUCAGCAUACAGAACAGCAAUGAAGCUCAGACGAAUGCAGAAGGCUCUUUGCUUGGAUCUGCUGGGCAUGCCUGCUGCCUGCGAGGCCUUUGAGCAGCACAACCUGAAGCAGAAUGAACAAUUCAUGGACAUCAUGCAGGUGAUCAACUGUCUGACCAGCAUCUACGACCGUCUGGAGCAACAGCACAGCAGUCUGGUGAACGUGCCCCUAUGUGUGGACAUGUGUCUCAACUGGCUGCUCAACGUCUAUGAUACAGGACGAACCGGAAAGAUCCGUACCCUAUCCUUCAAAACGGGAGUAAUCUGUCUGUGCAAAGCUCACCUUGAGGAUAAGUACAGAUUCUUAUUCAGAGAGGUGGCCAGUGCCACGGGCUUCUGCGACCAGCGGCGACUCGGCCUCCUCCUGCACGACGCCAUUCAGAUCCCCAGGCAGCUGGGCGAAGUGGCAUCAUUUGGAGGCAGCAAUAUUGAACCCAGUGUGCGAAGCUGCUUUCAGUUUGCCAACAACAAACCAGAGCUGGAGGCUUCGGUCUUCCUGGACUGGAUGCGUUUAGAGCCUCAGUCCAUGGUUUGGCUUCCCGUCCUGCAUCGUGUGGCGGCUGCUGAGACAGCAAAGCACCAGGCUAAAUGCAACAUUUGUAAGGAAUGUCCUAUUAUCGGCUUCAGGUACAGAAGCUUAAAGCACUUUAACUACGACAUCUGCCAAAGCUGCUUCUUUUCUGGCAGAGUGGCCAAAGGUCACAAGAUUCAGUAUCCUAUGGUUGAAUAUUGCACACCGACGACAUCAGGAGAAGAUGUGAGAGACUUUGCCAAGGUGUUGAAGAAUAAGUUUAGGACAAAGCGCUAUUUUGCAAAGCACCCCCGCAUGGGUUACCUACCCGUCCAGACCAUCCUAGAGGGAGAUAACAUGGAGACUCCUAUAACACUGAUCAACUUCUGGCCUGUUGACCAUCCGCCCUCAUCAUCUCCACAGCUCUCUCAUGACGACACGCAUUCACGCAUCGAGCACUACGCUAGCAGGCUAGCUGAAAUGGAGAACCGGAAUGGCUCGUAUAUGAAUGAGAAUGUAUCGCCCAAUGAAAGCAUAGAUGAUGAGCAUCUGCUGAUCCAGCAUUACUGCCAGAGUCUGAAUCAAAGCUCUCCUCUCAGCCAACCUCAAAGCCCCGCUCAGAUCCUCAUCUCAAUGGAGUCAGAGGAGAAGGGAGAGCUGGAGAGAGUCCUCAAUGACCUGGAGCAGGAAAACAGGAAACUACAAGCUGAGUACGAUCGUCUGAAAAAGGCACACGACCACAAGGGACUGUCACCGUUACCAUCGCCCCCUCAGAUGCUGCCGGUUUCACCCCAGAGUUCACGAGACGCCGAGCUGAUCGCUGAGGCUAAACUCCUGCGGCAACACAAGGGUCGUCUGGAGGCGAGAAUGCAAAUCCUGGAGGAUCAUAACAAACAGCUUGAAUCGCAACUCAAACGCCUUAGACAGUUACUCGAGCAGCAACAGACUGAAUCCAAGGUGAAUGGUACCGCCCUGUCCACACCGUCCACUGCCUCCCCGAGAUCUGACACCAGCCUGGCCUCACUGCGUGUGGCCGCAAGCCAAACCACAGAGACCAUGGGUGAUGAUGAGCUGUCCAGUCCCUCCCAGGAUGCAAGCACUGGAUUAGAGGACGUCAUCGAGCAGCUCAACUAUUCCUUUCCUCACAGUCAAGGAGGUGGACGACUAAACCCAUGAGAGGUCCUAAUGUGGGAAGUCUUUUCCACAUGGUUGAUAACAUCGGAUAUGCCAUGGAGUCGUUGGUUAGUGUAAUAACCGAGGAGCGGGAUUUAGACUGAAGACGUCUUCUCCUCUUUGCAUGCUUUUGUAGUGUAAUGACUGAAAAGGAUAUGUUUACAAUGGGAAUAUCAAUAAAAAUCUAUUUUUCUGAAGGAUCGCGGUUCCACAUUGUAGAUUUGAUCUUUAGUAGUUUCGGUAGUUUCUUACUGCAAGAUGAGAACUGUUUCUUACAAAAAGGUUUUUAACUUCUAUGCAAUUGUACAAAAACGAAAAGGGCGGUGUGUUAUAACAUGUAACGUUGCGUGCCAUGUCUUUGUACAGCGUGGAGCGUGUUUUAGACUGAAUGUACGCAAGGGUGCUUUAUCAACUCAUUUUGUUUGUAACAAAAUAACAAAUGCAUAUUAAAAAUCAACUCCGUCCUCUGUGUGCGUGUGAAAGUGUGUAUGUAUGAAAAGCAACUCAUAUUUUUUCCAUAUGUGUCCCGCCCAUUAAACUCGAGCUGUUAGUUUAUAUUUGUCAUGAUAGUUUAUAGGAGAAAUGGUUGUGUUCUGGCCACCUCAUAAUGUUUAUUUAUUAUUGGCUUGUGGAGAAUAACUCCUAAACUAUUUAUGACUAAUACAUCUCCAUAUAAAAUACCUCAACAAAUACAGCAUUCAUAUUAAUCCCCAUUAUUAUACUGGAAUGUGCUCACAAGAAAGAGAGGUAAACGGUAUUGUUUUUAACAUCAGCUAUUUAUCACAUGUUGUUUAUUACUAUAAAUAUCACAUCUAAAGCUAAGCUAAAGUUAUUUAAAAAACUGCUAGAAAACAUUAACGGGACAUUCACACGAGGCGAAAGCGUUAAAAGAUCAGUCAGUUUUCUAAAAAAAAUCCAGAUAAUUUACUCACCACCUUGUCAUCCAAAAUGUUGAUGUCUUUCUUUGUUUAUUUUAAUGGACCCCAACACGUAACAGUUUUAAUGCAGUUUAAAAUUGCAGUUUCAAAGGACUCCAAUCGAUCCCAAAUGAGGCAUAAGGGUCUUAUGUAGCUUAACGAUGUCCUUUUUGGCAAGAAAAAUAAAAAAAUAUGCACUUUUAAACCACAACUUUUCGUCUUCCUCCGGCUGUGUGACGAGCCAAGUGCGACCUCACGUAAUUGUUUUUUUUUUUACGUGGAAGUUUUUUUUUUUUGCAUUACUAUACAAUUGACCUCACGUAAUUGUGUAAUGCUGUGGAAAGGUAACGUGUUACAUAUAUGAAACGCACAUUUGCGGACCAUUUUAAACAAUAAACUGACACAAAGACAUUAAUUAGGAUCAUUCAACAUACAACAAUGUCGGAACGGUCCUCUUUCUCCACACUUGUAAACACUGGGGUGUAGUUUUGCAUUCGGCAUCCGUGACCUCUUGAUGUGACGACGUAUUGCAUGAGGUCGCGCUGGCGCGUCACAGGACCCCGUGUGAAUGCACCGUUAUAAAGUAAAUUAAAAAAAUUGGGCAAAAUCUAUCUAUUCCACUUUGCAUUGUCACUGAAUACAUUUUGAGUUGGAAUGAUAUAUUUGUCAUAUUACUUAUGACCAGGGUGUGCGAUACUGACCUAAAUUCAUGUCUCCGUAAUUUUGGGAUGAAUGACGAUAUACAAUAAAUCCCUCUGUAUGUUCUAGAAGGUGGAAUAAAUGUUUCAAGUCAAAGUCUCGUAUGAGGUGUCACAAUCACCUUUUUAAAAAAAAUAGUUAAUGAUGAAAAUAAAAUUCAAAGUUU